AUGACAACGUCAGUUCCAUUUUCAGCGGCGCAAUGCAACAGCACAAACCCUUACACGACGGUCACCACAAGCUAUCCGAACUAUCCCAUCACGAGCAGUCCGGCGGUCCAAUAUGCAGCGUCUCCCCUUCCCGCCUCAUACACAGCGGCCCCCUGCACUGCGGUGUCCACCACUGCGGGCCAGCCAAUCAACUACCAGGCGGCAGGGUCCCCGUGCCCGAGUACCUCCUACAAGCCAUCUGCCUACCCGACAACGGCGGGCCAGCCAAUCAACUACCAGGCGGCCGGGUCCCCGUGCCCGAGUACCUCCUACAUGCCAUCUGCCUACCCGGCAACUGCGCAGCCAUACGGAGUGCCGGCCAUCACAGUGACCGCAGCACCGCCACAAACAUCGUCGCCUGCUAAGCAGCAGACAGGCCGGCUGCCUGCAAUGGCCGUGCCCUCUGCGCAGCCCAUGGCUGUGCCCUCGCAGCCCUCCGCACAGCCCAUGGCGAUGCCUUCGGCGCAGCCCAUGGCUAUGCCCUCUGCGCAGCCCAUGGCCAUGCCCGCUGCACAGCCCAUGGCCAUGCCCUCUGCGCAGCCGAUGGCCGCCCCCUCUGCGCAGCCUCAGGCGUCCGGGCCGCCAGUGCAGCCGCCAAGACUUACUGAGGGGAUCCCGGAUCCGCAGGCUGUGGAGCAGCAGAAGCAUGCCUAUGAGAAAAGCCUGGAUGCUCAGCUAGACCAGGGCAUCAAGAUGAUUGAGCAGCAGAACGAGGUCAAAAAGCAAGCCCUCCGACAGGAAGCAGAGAUGAAAAAGGAGCAGUAUUUCUUGCAGGUGGAUCAGCAGUUGAAGGCUCAGGAGAUGAGCGUCGACCAGCAGGCCAACUAUCAGCUCAUGGGACUUCAGCAGGCGGCCUUUGAGAGGAAGGCCGUGUUGGACCAGCAGGCCGCGCAAGCGACGCUGGAGUAUGAGCAGAAGCGCGUCGCAGACGACUUUGCGAGGACCCAGUACGAGCACAAGAAAAGGGCAGCCGAGAAGCAGGCUGAGAUGCAGCGCGAGCUGGCGAGGCAAAAGGAGGCUUUCGCCCAACAGCAGCGAGCCAUGCAAGAGCAAUAUGCCCAGCAGGCGCAGGGCGGCGAUGGGCGGAACACACGAAGUUUCCAUGACUGUGCGUCACGCUGGAAGCCUCUUAGCCCGAAGCUGGGGUGUUGA